GUUUGAUGGGCAGCGGUAUUGCCCAGUCUUGUGCCACUACUGGCAAGUUUAACUCAAUCGUCCUGCAGGACGUCAACCAGAAAGUGUUGGACAAUGCACAGGCAAAGAUCACCCAGUCGCUGACAAAACUUCAGCAGCUUAAAAAGGUUCAACUGGACAAAUCGCCUGAGGAGGUUGCUUCCCGAAUCACGUUGAGCACUGAGGUGAAACCAGUUUCGGACCAGAAUUUACUCAUAAUCGAAGCAGUUCCGGAGAUAAUUGAACUGAAACAGAAAAUCUUCAAGAGCUUAUC